GCAUCCUCAACAACGAUGAGGGGUAGAAACCAGAGUGCAGAGAAGAAAGCAGUUGAUUCAGAUCAGAGAUGUCAAAAGAGGGAGAGGUAGUUUGUGUAACGGGGGGAAGUGGCUGUAUCGGCUCUUGGCUUGUUCAUCUCCUUCUUAACCGUGGUUACUCCGUUCACGCCACAGUCAAAGAUCUCAAGAAUGAGAAAGAAACGAAGCAUUUACAGGAACUAGAGGGAGCAGACACGCGUCUCCGUCUCUUCCAGAUUGAUCUCCUCAACUACGACACCGUUUUUGCCGCAAUCGACGGUUGUGCAGGCGUCUUCCACCUUGCUUCUCCCUGCAUCGUCGAUCAAGUACGGGAUCCUCAGAAGGAACUACUAGAUCCGGCUAUUAAAGGAACUAUUAAUGUACUCACGGCAGCGAAGAAAGUUGGUGUUAGUCGCGUCGUGGUGACUUCAUCGAUAUCCGCCAUAACGCCGAGCCCCAGCUGGCCAGCUGAUAAGGUCAAGGCCGAGGAUUGUUGGACUGAUGUUGAGUACUGCAAGCAAAAUGGAUUAUGGUACCCACUUUCUAAAACUCUAGCUGAGAAGGCAGCUUGGGAUUUUGCCAAGGAGACGGGCUUGGAUGUUGUGGUGGUGAAUCCUGGUACUGUGAUGGGCCAAGUUAUUCCCCCAACACUCAAUGCAAGCAUGUUGAUGCUUUUACGACUUCUCGAGGGCUGCACUGAAACAUAUCAGGACUUUUUCAUGGGAUCUGUGCACUUUAAAGAUGUUGCCUUGGCACACAUUUUGGUAUAUGAGAACCCAUCAGCAAAUGGAAGGCACUUGUGUGUUGAAGCUAUUUCUCAUUAUGGUGACUUUCUGGCCAAAGUUGCCGAACUCUACCCUGGAUAUAAAGUGCCCAGAUUGCCCAAGGAUACUCAACCUGGACUUUUGAGGAGCAAGACUGGAGCUAAGAAACUGAUGGAUUUGGGUUUACAAUUUAUUACCAUGGAGCAAAUGAUUAAGGAUGGUGUUGAGAGCUUGAGGAGCAAAGGAUUUAUUUCUUGAAGUAUCGGUGUCAGGCUCAGUAGCUCAGCUCUUCACUUCCCCGUUAAUUUAUAGAUUGACUAGAGGUAAGAAGCUUGUUAGAGUUCACAACCUUUGGUAGUUUGAGAAGUUUUUAUCUCAUUACGUGCAGGUCAUAGUUGUAGGUUGUAGUCCUGUAGAAGCAGUGAAACAACAGUGGUGGUGCUGUAACCUACUUAGUCCGGUCUUCCUGGAAGUGCAAGGAUUUGUAUCUUUAAAAAUUCUGGAUAGAAGUAACCCUUCUCUGACCAUUUAUCUUGUCUGUAAAUUUCAAAAUGCUGAUAAGAGUCUUGAAGCUGCUGGAUCCAUGAGAAAUUUUUCAAUUGCCUUCUUACUCAGGUAAGAAAAGGCCAAUGAAUCUGACAUCUAUGGUUUACUUGUGAUAA